CAAACGACGACGACGACAACAACAACAACAGCAACAAACAACAACAACAACAACAACAACAGCAGCCACAAGCUACCCACCGAUCAACACCAAAAUGCAGAUGGUCCGCUCAGCCCGUACCUCCCUACUGACGCAAAAGCCUUGGCUGCGCCUUGCCUUCAAUAUCUUCAGUGUGGUCAUCCUCUUCUUCUCUCUCCUCUACAUUUUCAGCGGUGUGGAUGACGAGAGGGUGACCUUAUCCAUCGGAGACCCCUACUCCCGAGAAGUUCUGGCAGCUGUCUACAAAAAAUCAUACAGCGCCACGGCCUACUUCCUUCGCCGACAAGCCAUCCGGGAAACGUACGGCGCCCGGAAACUCUUCGGCCACGUGACGCAGCGCGUGGUGUUCCUUCUGGGCACCACGUCAGACGUGGAGACCAGCAGACGUAUCCGGCUGGAGGCUCUGGAGCACGGUGACGUGGUGCAAGGACCGUUCGUAGACUCCUACCACAACCUCACCCACAAAGGCGUCAUGGGCCUCCGCUGGGCGGCCGAGCACUGCUCUCAAGCGAAUGUCGUCAUCAAAAUUGACGAUGACGUGUACGUGAACACCUUCCGGUUCAUCGAGCGCGUACUUCCGGAUUUAUCCAAAAAGACCAAUCACAUCGCGUGCCAUCUCCGGCCAAGUGGAACUAGCCCGAUCACGAGAGGAGAGGGGAAAUGGCAGGUGAGCGACCUGGAGUUCAAAGACCUGAAGCAUUACCCCUUUGAUUAUUGCAAUGGUUACUUUGUGAUACUCUCCGGAGACCUCAUUCGACCGAUGCUGAACGCUGCCCGGGUCAACCCGUUCUUCUGGAUCGACGACGUGUAUUUGUUCGGUUUGCUUCCCGCCACAGUCGGAGAUACAAAGUUUCAGGAUCUUAAGCCCAAUUUGACGUUGCGGUUUGACACGGGCAAAACUUGUUUCCAAAACAAAGGGAUCGAAUGUCACCUGCUUGCGGUGAGUCAGUGGAAGGAGAAAGAGGCGGACUCGUUCUGGUACACCAUGCUCUCGAAGCUCUCCGGGGAGAGGAAGACAGAUUUCCACUUGUUUGAAAAGUCGUGAACGCGUGUUUCGGUUUGGUGGAGACGUUGGAAGGAAGAAGAAAUGAUGUGUUUGAGAAUGGUGUUUCGAGUGAUGAUGUACUGGUUUGAAAUGUUCUCGAAGAAUAGAGCAAUGUCGCUUGUUUUAGACAUUGCGAACGGAUGAUAGUGCAGUCAGAAAUUCGUUACGCAACUUAUUUGUCAAAUAUUUUCUAAACUAUCGCAUAUAAACUUUCCAGAUUUUGCUCAAUGACGUGUAUCAAUUUGUCACAAUAGAUCAACAUUUCUGUAUGUGUGUGGGAAAUGGGAAGUGCUUUGAACAAUCCCAAUUUUAGCUUGUUGGAGAUGUGUAUUACCUGUAUUACCUGUCCUGGGCAACAAUGUCAGUGCACACCGGACAGGUCCAUGAGUGCUCAGU